CGGCGGAAAAAGCCGUUCAAAGAUGCAUAAAAACGGCGUUUUUUACGGCGUUCUGUGCCAGCUGUAACGGCGUUUAAAACGGCGUUUUAUUGAAAUUAUGCAGGGCACUCCCCAUGGUUCCCUCAUCCAAUUACUUUCAACUCAUUUCACCCAAUCAAAGAAGACGAAGUGCAGACCACACUAAUGCAUCACCGAUUCACCUUGCUGCUGAGUGAUUGCCUAUUCGGUACCAGUGCUUGUCACAGUAUUGACUUGUAUUAUAAUCCCACUAUGCAUUUUGAUGUGUUUAAGGCAUGAUCAAGCAAACAAACGACAGAAUGCUUUUUCUGAAACCUUAACUGUGGUACCUGUUAUGGCAGCUAACAGGUAAUGAGCAGAGCUAGCUCUGCUAAUUUCUGAGCUUCUUUCUUAUUUUCCUCUUUACUUCUCUUAACCUUUAACUUAUGUCUUAGCAAUCAGAUUCUGCCGUCAUGCAUUACCGCUCCGUGCUAGUUAUGUUGACUUUUCUCUUCUUUUGUCUUCUCUUUUUUCACCCGUAUUUAGACACUCGGCGCAUGGCUCCUUUGUUUACGUUAGGGAUCAGCUGUUAGCGCUGCGCCCUGCAGCUGCGCUACCGGCAGACGGUAGCGUCCCCAGUGAGGGAAGAGACGGGGGUGAUGUCUCCCGAGAAGGACACCUUACACACCAUCUCUCCUUCCUGUAAUCACUGUAAACGUGAGAUCGCUCCCUGAUAUGAUUGAGGAGCUAAUGACGCUAACCCGGUCACAGUGGCAGUACCCCGACACUGCCCGGUACUCCCUCUGUGAGUAGGCUGCCCGGCUUCCAGCUGCUGCGGCCGGACAAGACGAGAGACAGCGGUGAGAGGAAAGGAGGGGGACUGGGCAGUGUUUGUUAAAGACGGUUGUGGUAUCCCUGGGCACAUUGCUGUGAAAGAACAACUCUGCAACAGAGACAUUGAGCUAUUAGCCAUUAGCAUCCGUGGAGGCAGCCUGUGACUCUCUGUGGUCCGCAGACGCAAUCUCCGAGAGCUCUUCUUCUAAUAUCAGGGGACUUUAAUCAUGUCUCGCUGGACUCCACACUGACCACCUUCACCCAGUAUGUGACCUGCCCCACCGUAGGCAAUAAAACAUUGUACUUAAUGUAUGCCAAUGAAAAAGUGGCAUACAGUUCAUCACCUCCCCCUGCCCAGGGAAGAUCUGAUCAUAAUUAGUGCGCCUUGUCCCUGUGUGCAGCACUUAGUGUGCACGGAGCCACCAAUCACCCACGCAGUGCCGAGAUGGUCCGCGGAAGGCAUAUGAAUAAAUAAUAAAAGCAAAUAAAUGACAGAAUGCUUUUUCUGAAACAAACGGAGACCUUAACUUUUAUCAAAAUACCGUUUUACUCAGUUUAAAGUAAUACCACUGUAUAAUAGCCUUCAAAUUUAAUAAUGUUAACAGUAUCUCAGGAAUAUUUUUGCCCCAUCAACAUGCAUUAAAAUUAGAUAUGCAGUUUUGAAUCAGACCUGUAUGUACGUUUUCUGAAAAGUGAUGUAAAUAAAUAAUCUCAAAAACAUGAAAUAAUUGUUUCCCAUGUAAACUGGAGUUGUCCUUGUCAAUGUCAUCAGAGUACUCUGGAUGUCUUACAUGAAUUUGAAACAGAGAGUGGCACAUGACAGCGUUGCACAUAACAUAACUAGUUUACCUGUAUGACAUAAAGUAAUUAAAAUAAAAAAGAAUCCAUGUAACUUGGUUAUGGCUUCUUUCUGGUAACUGUAGAUACAAAUCGGCUGCAGUGUGGAUUAUCUUGACAAAAGUAUAAGAUACUGAACCCGCUGAUAUGAUGUGGUGGAGGAAUACAAAUACCUGGACACCCACAUUUAUACAUUUGCUGAACUGGAAGAUCAAAACAGAGGCUGUACACAAGCAGUGGAUGGGCAGGCUUUUUUUUGUGAGCAAGCUUGUGUGUGCACCAAAAUGUUAAUGACAGGUGUUCUGUCAGUUCAGGUGAGUGCAGUGCACUUUGAUGUGUUCUUCUUGGAUCAGGAGAGCAAGCUCUGUGAUUGGCCGCGCUUCGGAAGCUGUGGUGGAGAGGAAGUGAGUGAACAAACUGCCAUGCAUCAUGGAUAUUCCUCUCAGUCCACCUCAUCAGGCACCUCUCUAAAAGUGUGACUCUGGUCUGUUGCCCCAAAGGAUACAGGAAAUGCACUGAUUUCCAGGACAGAAUCGUGUCUGUUUAAUGCUCCAUGAUGAUAACUUUCCUAUGAGCGUUUGAAGAUCACUGACAUCAUGGCUUUUAGCCUCAUUGUUUCUGCAAAGAGAUUUCUCCAGUCACUGAAUCUUUUGAUAAAAUAUAUUUUUAUGCCUCUAGAGGAUGGAAUAUUUUAAGUCUACAACAAACAAAAGAAACAACGUCUAUUUAUAGAUGACCAGAGAUCAAAGCUGCGAUCAUCCAAAGAGCCUCUUUCACAGUGGUAAAUCCCUACAGGUCACCAUAAAAAAAAGCCAUUGAUUUGUAGUUGAGCGUUAAAUUGCAUUGCAACUGAGCGGGUAUAAAGUACCGGAGAAAAUAGAUUGAAUGUUCUUUUGUUAUGACUGAUUUCUGGUCUAGUUACAGUUCACCAGCUUUAAUAAAAUCAUGUCUACUUGCAAUUUAUGUGUAGUUGACCGGAAAAUUAAAGCAGCGAUCACUUGGACUAUUCCUAGCACCCCCCCCUCACAGUGGUACAUCCCUUCAGGUAGCCAUUCACAAGUCUUGUACAGUAGAGUGGGACAUUACAUUUACUCUCAGCGGAAUUCACUGGAGAAGGCAUAUAAGUUCAUGCACUGCACUGGCCUGCACCACGAUUAUUAUAAGGUGGAGUAAUGCACGAAUGGAUAAAAAAGAGUGAGCUGUUGAGGAGCAAAUGGAGAUCCGUGUCCAGGGGAGUGAUGCUAUUGCGAGUGUGAAAGGUUGUCCAGGAAGUAACUAAGAAGACAUGAACAGAGAGGUGGUGAUCCUCAGAGGACCGAUGAAGUAGAGCAGCCAGCACCCCAAGUAGAGCAGGCACUGUGGAAAAAUAGUUGUGACUCAACUAGACCAUUACAAAGUAUGGCCUGGAGGAUUUCAUCUCAAGGUGCAAGAACAUUCUUAAUGACUGUACACGGCGGCUGCUGAUGGACGAUGUUGGGCCAGAUGUGCUACAGUUAGCGUUAAGGAGGUUGGAGACUAUGCAGAGAAGCCUUCAGUGGGCAAGAGGAAGACUGAUCAAUGUAACUGCAGCAGAUCAACUUCUGCGUGACUUGGCUGAAUUGAUUCAGGAGGUCGAACUGUCUACUCAGCAUGGCCAACAAGGCUGUUUUGGAUACCAGGCACCAGUGGUUUUCAACAGAGGUAGAGGUAGAUCCCUUUACCUUAUCACUCGGGAACAGCUUUCAUUCCUGAAGUCAUGUGGAUUCACUGCACCUCAGAUGGCUGAUAUUUUGAAUGUUUCACGUCGUACAAUUCGAAGACGUCUGCGACAGUAUCAUUUCACCCGUGCAUCAAUGUAUGCGGAACUGACUGACAGUGCCUUGGAUGAACAUGUGCAGGACAUUGUUGCUGGCAAUGAACAAAUUGGUCCUGAGGCUGUCAGAGCCUCCCUGCGAGUACGUGGACUACGUGUACAGCGAAGGAGGGGUCGAGCAAGCAUGUUACAGAUAAAUCCUGGAGCAGCUGCCCUUAGAGCAGUUUUGCGGAGACCAGAACGAAGAACAUAUCAGGUUGCAGGUCCAAACUCAUUGUGGCACAUUGAUGGAAAUCACAAGCUGAUACGGUGGAGGAUAGUCAUUCAUGGGGCUAUUGAUGGAUACAGUCGUCUUGUGGUCUUCCUUCAUGCCUCAAACAACAACCGUAGCAGUACCGUUUUAUCAAGUUUCAUCAGAGCCGUGGUAUCCUAUGGUGUACCCUCGAGGGUCCGGACAGACAGAGGAGGGGAAAACAAUGCUGUCUGCCUGAUGAUGAACAUUUUCAGAGGCUUUGAUCGUGGAAGUGCCCUAAGAGGAAGGAGUACCCAUAAUCAGAGAAUUGAGAGGCUCUGGGGUGAUCUGUGGCGAGGAAUGACCAAUGUCUACUGUGAUUUAUUUCACCACCUGGAGGAGGAAGGCAUCAUAGACAUUGACAAUGAAAUGCACCUUUGGGCUCUCCAUUACAUCUAUCUCCCAAGGAUCAACAGAGAUUUGAAAGACUUCACUCAACAGUGGAACAAUCAUGGCUUGCGGACAGAGAGACACUUGAGCCCAUUACAGAUUUUUGUCCGAGGCAGCCUCCAGCAACAGGGCCGAGCCUCAACUGCCAUGCAGGACAUCUUUCAGACUAGAGCAGCUGCUGCUGCUGGGACUAUUGGUGGGACAGCUGAUGGUAGUGUGACAGCCACUGAGAGUGAGACGACUGCUGCUCAGGGCUUAGGUACUGAUUCUGGUGGUGGUGCUCAUGGUACAGAUGAGCUGGGAUUGCUGGUCGACUGGCCUGAGAGGAUUACUGUGCCAGACAUUGAAUUUACUCUGGACGGACCGAUGAUGGAGCAAGUGGUAGAACUAUUUAAUCCACUAACUGGCACCAGAGGGAGUCAUGGUAUUGAACUCAUCUCUGGCUUAAUAUACUUUCUGGACUCGACAUAUCAUUGAGACAGUUCAAUUAUUGACUGAAACAUAAUAGCAGCAAGUGGAAAGACUUCAAAAUAUCUAGGUGACUGGAUACAUAUAAUGUGAAAAGUUAUAAUACGUGUUUACUAUGUACCACUGAGUAGUGGAGAUACAAGAACGAGCUGUGUGACACUGACAAUAAAAAAUGAUGAGUGAUUUUUAAAGUGUAUAAGAUGGAAGUUGUGAAAUGGAAAGUAUACAUCUGAAGCUGAAUCUCGAUAAAGUCAACUUGAUUAAUCUAAAAGUUACAGCUGUUGAUAUUGAUAAAUACAACUAUAAAGCAGUGACAGUAAAUAAUUAAAAAAUAAAAAACUGUAUAGUAGGUCUUGAAGUGGCUCAGUAUAGUGUAGUAGAUAUAAAGUGGUUUAGCGUGUGUUUGAUGUUGUGACAGUUCACAGCGAGCACAUUAUGUUUUGCUUUGUACAGAUUAUGCUUUGUACAAACAUAGUUCUGAAAAUACUGGACUCCAGUGUAAAAUGUGAAUAAAAAAAGAGCAAGCACUGAUUUGCAAAUGUGAAA